CUCAACACCUCACUGAAAUGGAGUGAGCGAUUUGUUGUAACGAAAGUUACUACAUUCGAACACGCUUUUCUACCGAAGAAACUCCAUACAGUGAAAGGAAGCUUGUUUCUUAGUCUCUUUUCUAUCGAGGGAGCUUAAUCUGGUGACUUGAAGCUGAAUUUGGACGUCUAGAUUUAACUUCGUUUUGUUGAUUCACGACACGCCCGCUCUACGAACGCCAUAUUGGUUGUAUUUCACAACUUCGCCUGACACAACAUUUCCUGAAGAGAAGAUCUGAGCAGCUAAUCCGAAUGAACUUAUUUCUUCUGAAAAUUUAUAGAGAGGAGACAAUGUGGAGAUAGCACCAUUUCCUAAAGAUAGAUUUGUUUUGGAGAAUCGUUGGAAGAAAGUUUGACUUGGCGCACUUUGCCUAUCGAAAGUUCUCGUGGUUAACCGACUAGCUGCUUCAAGGAAGUUAAACAUUUCACUUUGAAUAUAAAUAAAGUACUAAGCACUAUGACAACGAGGUCUGGAAAGCAUUUCCGAGGGGAUAAGAACGUUAUGAUCCACGACAAAACUGGAAGGAUUCUGAUUUCAUGGAAUCGCUUUGCAAGGUCGCUAAAGGAAGCGUUUGAAAUCUAUUGGGAAACCAAACAGGCUGAAGUAACCUCCUUGUUUGAAGAACUACCAAGAAAGAUAAAAAAGAUACCUUUUAAAGACACUUUACUGGCUGCCAUUCCAUUUUUGGCAUACCUCAUAGUUUAUUCGAAUUAUUCACUUCUACGAACAAUUUUAGGACUUGGCAAAGUGACAAAACCCAACCAUACUUUCUUACCGUGGAUGGAAGUGUUGGUUUUCCAUUGUCUUCCUCAUCAAAUGCUGGCAAAAUUUGCACAUCCUGCUCUUGACUGUGUUGCUGCAGUUCCUUACAUAUUUCAUUUUGCUCUUCCAUUCCUAUUCAUCUUAUUUAAAAUUGUAAGCAAUCAUAGCAUUCGUGGAGUGUUUCCCUUUCUCUGGUGUGCUGGCUGGGUGAAUCUCAUUGCAACCAUCAUACAGUUCCUUUUCCCGACAGCACCACCUUGGUAUGUGGACUCUGUUGUUUUUAGUCCCGUGGGAGAUGUUCUUAAAGCAGGAGCGAAUGAAGCUGGAUUUCACAGACUUGAUGCAGCUUUAGGAGUGCCAUUCUUUCACGGACUUUAUGCAGCUUCUCCAUUGCCGUUUGGAGCAUUUCCUUCACUGCACGUUGCGUGGCCUGCAGUGAUUUUAGUGAGCGGACCCUGGAUAAAUGAAAAGUUUGCAAUGUUUCAUGUUGUGUGGAUUACCUGGGCUGCUCUGUAUUCCAACCACCACUAUGGUGUUGAUGCAGUCGGAGGAAUCUUUUUGGUGUUUUUGGUCAAUUUUAUGAUGCGUAAAGUGUGGUGUCCAUUUCCUCUUGAGAAUGGAAAGAAACCCUCUUGCUAUCUUUGUAGAAGAAUAUCACCACCUUUAUUACAAGUUUAGCAAUUUAUAGAUGUAGUAUCCAUUUUUUUUUAACAAUUUUCAAAAUUAGACAAACUGAGAAUUUAAAAUUUUUAGUUGGUGCUUUCUCAACUUUUUUAUUUUGAUUUUUUUUUAUUCUUGCUUUAAUUUGUUUUUAUUUACCAUAACUAACACAGCAAGUGAAAGUCUUAAAGAGCCUUAAUUAGCCUUUUAAAAAAAUUACUUUGUUGUCAUUUUUGCAAGGAGAUUUAACUCAUUCAUCCAACAAUUGUGGGUUAAAUAUUUUUCUCAGAAUUUCUCAGUUUGCAUAUGUUGAAAAUUGCAAAAUUGUAUGAAAUAUAUUUGAGAGUGUAAUAACAUUAGUAGUAAAUUUUGUAAAUUUUGGCUUUAAUUACUGAUUGUUAUGAUCAAAAUUGAAGGUCUAGUUUUGCAAUAAUGAUUAUUCUCUGGUAUUAAUUUUGAUGUGCUUAUGAAAUUUACUAGAGAAUUGGUAUAGACAGAUAUAAGAUUAUAUCUUACAGUAGUUUUUCUAUGUAAUGCACAAGAGGUAAAUUAAAGCAAAAAAAUUUUCACAAUGUCUUGAUGCUUCAACAUAUGAACAAUCACAAAAAUGGUUACUGUACAUUCAGUUGGGCAGCAGUCAUUUGGUAGUUAAAAUUUUCUGUAUCUGUUUUGUUAUGGUUCUUGCUAUUAUUGCUUUUGAUUGUUUUUCUUUGAACACAUGGUUAUUGGUUCUUAGUAUAAAAUAUUUCAGUGUGAUGGUGUUUUUCUGAGUGUAAUUGUCUUUUGGAUAGGGAGUAUUAGUCCUUUGUACAAGGAGAAUUUGUUGAACAAUCAAGAGCUUCUUGAGUUCAAAAUCAUUACCUUUGUGUUUGAUACAGGGGUGACGCUGUUGGGAAUUAAAGGGUGAAGUUCCCAAGUGUGGUAUGUCUGGUUUGAAAUUUGGUUAGAUUAGUUUCUGCAAAGUCUGAAUGAGCCCUGGCGUUCACUCUGGGGUUAGUCAUGACUGUUGCUGGUUACUUAAUAAUACAGAAUUUAUACCACUUUCUGUUACCCUCUUAAGUAAUUAUAAUGAAUUCUAAGCAAUCCAGUUUCACAGUCAGUGCUGUUGUAGAUAACAGUAGAAAUUUGGGAGCACAUAGACAUAGACACUCACUUGGCAGUACAUUAACUUGGAUGAUAAUUGUCACUUUGUUGUUGCAUUGUAAGCUUUGUAAAGUAAUUCCCCAUGCGAUAAUUAUUGGAGAGUAGUGAAAUUCUUUGACAACAGCAAAGUUAAUUGUUAGUUCAAAUUGUCAGUUGGUAGAAGCUAUUUCAAUAUAUGAAUUUUUGCCUAGGGUUAGAAAAACAAUUAUUUUUAAUUAAAAAAAAAGGCUCACUGGACUGGCCCUUGA